AGACGCCUACUCUUAUCGUACUCCCGAGGAGCUGGUGGAGGAGCAAAAAGAAAGCGCGCGGGAUGAAUGACGGGCCCGACGUUAAGCCAAGUUAAAGUAGUAAUCCGGUGCAUCUCGCAGAGACGACUGGUAUGUCGCGCAGCGUCCCGCCCCGAGACAUGUCGCAGAUCGAGCUUCUCGUUCUUUCGACCGUCCUCCUCGCCUGGUCAGCGUACGCGUAUCCAGAGGGCACGCUGCUGAACGACAUCCCUGCGCGCACGUCAAUCGUCGAGACGGUGCUGGAACGCGAUCCGGCGACCUUUAAAUUGUACACCAGGGAAAACCCGUUCGGCGAAGAGCAAUUGUUCCUAAAUAAUACCGAGGUGCUGUACGCGUCGCACUUCAACGAGAGCCGACCGACCAAGUUCAUCGUUCACGGAUUCAGCGAUACCGGAAACGAAGGCUGGAUACGCGAUCUGAUAGACGCGUAUCUACUUUAUCAGGAUGUGAACGUGAUAGUCGUCGGUUGGGGAAUCUUGGCAUCCGAAGCCUACCCGGUGGCCGCUAAGAACACGCGUCUUGUCGGCGAAUACUUAGGCCAGUUCUUGGAUUUUUUAAAUCGGGACUCGAACCUGGAGUAUAAGGACGUGCACAUCAGUGGUCACAGCCUGGGUUCUUGUGUGGCUGGUUUCGCCGGGGCUUAUCACGACGGACGUGUCGGGAGAAUAACAGGACUGGAUCCUGCGAGCCCUCUGUUCGAGACCAUCUCCGGUAUCGUCGAUCCAGAAUACCGGCUGGAUCCAACCGAUGCUCAAUUCGUUGACGUGAUCCAUACCAGCGGUCCGGUGUUCGGAUUCUUGGCACCGUUAGGACAUGCCGAUUUUUAUCCCAACAACGGCAAGAUCCCGCAACCCGGAUGCUCUUUUAUGCCAACAAUAACUUACUGUAGUCAUUCGAGGGCGCAUCAGCUCAUGACCGAGAGCAUCGGCAGCACGGUGGGCUUCAAGGCAAGAAUGUGCGACAGCUGGGAAAAAUACAAGGAGCAACUUUGCGAUUACAAUCCGGUCGUACUGAUGGGCGAGUACGCCUCUACCUCGUUGCGUGGCAAAUUUUAUCUGUCGACCAAUGACGCUCCUCCCUUCGCACUACAGUGAACGUUUCGGCAUAUCGAUCCUGAUAGAUUUCUUGAAAAUUUGCGAACUCACGAUUAUGGCUCGAGCGGCGAUCGCGCAAUAAUCUGUACUAGUCAUUGAUAAGUUACUUUAUUUAUGAAAACUCUUCGAUUCUGAUUACGUACCCGAAUGUGCACGCAUCGUAUCAGAAUGUAUCCUUAAUAUACGUAAUGCUACAUUACAUUUAGAAAGAGUACAAAUUACAUUAAUUGAGAUUACGAUUUUUAAUCGUAUAUUCCUUUAUAACCAUGACAUUUUUCAAUCUUGACAAAUUUCCUGUGAUCUUUUCAAUAAAACUCCUGAAAUUUU